CUGGUUUCACCUGUUUACCAGGAUGCCAGUUCAGAGGAGGAAGAAGAAUCUUAUACAAAGGUCCUCAUUUUACACGGGGUGAAUCAGUGAAGGGUGAUGGCGUCUGUUUCAGAGCAGCUUCUGGCCGCUCUGGAUGAUCUAGUCACAGAUGAACUGAAGAGGUUUAAAUGGUACUUAAGGAAUCGUAAUUGCUUUUCAGCUGCUGCUCUGGAGAAGGCAGAUGCUCCUGACACAGUGGAUCUGAUUAUGAAGCGUUUUGGACCAGAAAAAGCUGUAAAGAUCACCGUGGACAUCCUGAGGAAGAUGGACCACAACCAUGUGGCUGAACAGUUAGAGAACAAACAAAAGCAAGCUCAAGCUGAGAGCAGUAUUGAGGAUCCUGCGCUUGUUGAAGCCAAUUCAAAACUCAUCAGGGGCACAUUCACCAGCAUUGUUCCCAGGACCAGGAACGACUUACUACGAUAUUACCAUCGGCUCACUCUGGAUCUCAACACAGUGAAUAAACGCCUCCGUCUGUCUGAGAGCAACAGAGUGAUUACUGGUACUGAAACAGAGCAGCUGUAUCCUGAUCAUCGAGAGAGAUUUGAUGUAUGUCAGGUGUUGUGUAGAGAGAGUGUGUUUGGACGCUGUUACUGGGAGACUGAAUGGAGUGGGAGUGCUGGUGUGUUUAUAUCAUUGUCAUAUAAGAGCAUAAGCAGGAAGGGACGAGGUAAUGAGUGUGAGUUUGGACGUAAUGAUCAGUCCUGGAGUUUGUUCUGCUCUCCCUCCUGUUACUCAUUCAUACACAACAACAUAUGGAAAGAUCUCCCUGUAAAGUCCAUCAGCAGUAGAAUAGGAGUGUUUGUGGAUCACAGUGCAGGAACUCUGUCCUUCUACAGCGUCUCUGACACAAUGAGCCUCAUCCACACAGUCCAGACCACAUUCACUCAGCCACUCUAUCCUGGGUUUAAUGUAUGUUAUGGAUCAGUGAAACUGUGUUUAUGAAUUACAAUGGAUUGACGAGAGAUUCUACCUGUAAUAAUUAACAGUGAGAUGUUAUAGUCUCUUAUUUUCUCUUCAUUACAUUAACACUAUGGCUGAACUUUGGUCAGUGAAAUAACAGAAUAAAUGUGUGUAAUCAAUUAUCAUGUUGACAGUAACGCUUGUUUCACACAUACAGUAGUCAACAUUUGAAGUGGAUCAAAAAAGUUAAUCAAAGUUGUCCUAAGAACCAAGUUAUCCUAAAAAAAAGGUUUUAGGACAACUUUGAUGAAAGGUUUUGAUCCACUUCAAAUGUUGACUACUGUACUCCAUCUGCAGUGUGUAUGCGGUGCAUUUUAAUUUUAGAUUUCAUUUUACUAAUGUAUAAUUUUAUAUACUAAAUUAACUUUUGUUUGAUUUCUGGUAUGUGGUCAAGGAUGCUACAGCCCAUAGCUUCAGUUAUAAGUAUACCUCUUGAGGCCAUGAGGGUGAGGUUUAUACUCCACAUUACUAUCUCUUUUCAGCUGGCACCCAUUAUUUGACCACAGUAUAAUAUUCUUUAAAUGGUGUGUAGAAGUCAUGAACAGACAUGAAAUGAGCAUUCAAUAAUUACAAGUUUUAUUUUAAAACUGAAAAGAUAACAGUCACAUUUUUGCUGAACAAUGUGAGAUUUGUUCCUUGUAGUUAUAUCUGAAUUGUAAUGGGAAGUUGGAUGUUUGUUUCUCAUCAUUUGUCAGAUAAACAAGAAUGAUUAUUGAUGAUUUUACAUGUCAAGUCUGUGUCUGAUGUUGAAUGUGUCGCUGCCUAAUUUCACAUGCUGCUUUGCUUAAUUCGGAAGAAAUAUUGAUAUAUUUUGAGCCAGUGAGACAACUGACCCCUUCAGUCAUGAGUCCUUGAUGGAACAUGUAAACAAUGUAAGAAACAACAACUAAUACUGCUUUAAAGACUGGCUG